AUGCAAUUCGGUGCCAUGAAGUCCUUGAAGCUACUUGGCCUUGCAGCCCUUUCCGCUCUACCGACCGUCUUGGGUGACAGAACACCUGAAGAGAUUUACAACUUCUUCAAGACGGCCCUAAGUCCUGGCUCUGGGGUGUUUUAUGCCACUGACGGUAAUUUUUCUCAGGAGGUAACUCCACGCUGGAAUGCAUACGGUGCACCUACAUACGUGAUAGGAAUCAAGCCUGCUUUAGAGACUGAUGUUCAGAUCGCCGUCAGAUAUCUUAGCCUUCAUCACAUUGAUUUUUUGGGAACUGGAGGGGGCCAUGGAUACACUACCACCAUGGAAGAAAUUAAGGCAGGGGUCGAAAUUGAUCUGGGUAACUUCAAUUCUGUUGCAAUUGACAAGGCCGCCAACACAAUGACUGGGGGUGGUUCUAUUCACUUCCGUGAUCUUACUGGACCUCUACAAGAUGCUGGGAAAGAACUUCCCAUCGGAUCUUGUACUUGCGUCGGUGCAGUCGGCGCGACACUUGGUGGAGGCAUUGGAGCUUACACUAGUAAACACGGACUCAUUGCUGACUCCCUUUUAUCUGUGAGGAUGGUCACUGGAACCGGUGACUUAAUCACAGUAUCUGCCAAUCAAAAUUCUGACCUCUUCUGGGGUUUAAAGGGAGCCGGGUUCAAUUUCGGGAUUAUCACGCAAGCGACUUACAGGAUUUACAACGCCAGCAAUGGAGGAUAUGCCAUGAACGCUGAUCUGAGAUACUCGGCUGAAUACAAUGAGUCAAUUUGGAAUGCUUUGAAACAAUUUGAGCAUGAUCAACCAGUCGGGUUAUCUUUCGACCUUGGUAUUGGGUGGAACUCAACUACUGGUGAAACUUACUUCGCCUUGAACGCUAUCUGGGCUGGUCCCCUCGAGGAAGGCGAAAGUUUAAUCAAGCCUUUCUUAGACAUUCCCAUACAGCUUAAGAACAUCACUGAGAUUCCAUGGAGUCACAUCGAAGCCGAGUCUCGCUUUGGAGUUGACUCAUAUGGAUGUGUAAAGGGUCGCUCCCACAGUGUUUAUGGGAACAACCUUUACUCUCUCGAUGUGCCGACACUAAUCGAUGUUACCAACUACCUUGAUCAAAGUUAUAAGCAAUACCCACCACUACAAUUUUCCGUUUUCGCCAUGGUACAAUAUGGAACGACCGUUAUGAACUCAGUAGCAGAUGGAACCGCCGCCUACGCUUUCAGGAAUGUGGUUGCUUACAUUCACUUUGACGUCUCGUUCCCCAACUCCACAUGGGAAGCUGCCGCCAACGAAGUUGGAACUACCACUCGUGAAAAGUUAUACAGAACUGAUGGAUCUGCUACCAAGGAUGUAUUUGUGAAUUUUGCCCAUGGUGAUGAAGGUCCAGAGUCCUGGUAUACGAAGAGAAAGUUGCCCAGACUCUUAGCCUUGAAGAGAAAGUAUGAUCCUCAUCGAGUCUUUACUCACUAUAAUGGUCUUUAA